AUGUCUGUGCAGAACAACGGCGUGGAUGAGAACAUCACAUUGCCGCAAGCACCAAAAGAAGGUACAAUCAAGCCUGACCAAUGUCAAGAAGCAACCGCGGAACAACCAAAGAUACAAAGCAAGACUGAGGAGGCGACCGAGCCAGAUCAGCUCUCUGUACACGGCAGAGAAGCUGUUGACGCUCUAUACGAGCAAUUUGGUGAAGAGCGUGGUUACACGAAGGAAAGUCUGACUCGAGCUGCGAAGACUGUGGACGAUCUUUUGCCGAAGCUCGUUGAUGGUGAUUGA